AAAAGAAUUGGCCAGGUCCAAAUCUUCAAUACUUCAAUCUAUUAUUGUGAUUAUCCGAUGGAAUGAGAUGCUUUCUAUUUUUAACUUUUUAAUAAAUUCGUCGAACUUUUGAUUUCUACGCGAUUCAUGCCAUUUGAGUUUUGAAACAGAUUUAUUUGAGUCUAAAACCUCAACGGAAUCUUCUUAAUAAAACUCACAUCUCUCUUCAGUCACCAUAACAGCCGCCUCCGACCUCCAUCGUUGCCACCAGUCCGAUCGGAAACAUGACGAUGGAGGGUUUCCGGGUACUUGACGAGAAGUCGUUGAGAGAAUACAUCAAAGCCACACCAUCUUUGGCUUCCAAGCUCGGGAAUGAAGUUGAUAACUUCAAAAUUAAAGAAGUUGGAGACGGCAAUCUCAAUUUCGUCUACAUCGUCAUCUCUCCAUCUGGUUCGAUCGUCAUCAAACAGGCUAUACCUUAUGUUCGUUGUAUCGGCGAAUCAUGGCCAAUGACGAAGGAAAGAUCUUAUUUUGAAGCCACAGCUCUUAAACGUCAGCAUGGUUUGUCCCCAAAACAUGUCCCAGAAGUUUAUCACUUUGAUAGAACCAUGUCACUUAUUGGUAUGCGAUACAUUGAGCCUCCACAUAUAAUCUUGAGAAAAGGAUUGAUCGCUGGAGUUGAGUAUCCAUUAUUAGCAGAACACAUGGCUGAAUUUAUGGCUAACACUCUCUUUUACACCUCUCUUCUCUAUCUCACAACUACACAACACAAAAGUGCAGUGGCUGAAUUUUGUGGAAAUGUGGAGUUAUGUAGGCUAACUGAGCAAGUGGUGUUUUCAGACCCUUACAGGAUUUCAGAAUUUAACCGUUGGACUUCACCUUAUCUUGAUACUGAUGCAGAAGCAGUUAGAAAUGACCAAAUAUUAAAACUUGAAGUUGCUGAGCUUAAGUCUAAGUUCUGUGAAAAAACACAAGCUUUAAUACAUGGUGAUCUCCAUACAGAUGGACAUGUGGAUCAAGGGAAUGAUCGAAAAACAUAUAAAGCAUGGAUAAUGGAUACGAUAGCAGACACUUGGAAUCUUUUUUAUAAAAAGUUUACAUCUCUUUGGGAUAUACACAAAGAGGGACCUGGUGAAGCAUACCUUCAUGAAAUUUAUAAUGAUUUGGAGCUUCGGGAGCUCGUGAAACAGAAAUACAUGAUGGAUUUGUUCCAUGAUUCUCUUGGAUUUGCUGCUGCCAAAAUGAUAAGGCGAAUUGUUGGGGUAGCUCAUGUGGAGGAUUUUGAGUCGAUUAGUGAUCUUGUGAAAAGAUCAGAUUGUGAACGAAGGGCUCUUGAAUUUGCCAAGAAUCUUAUGAAGAAAAGAAGAAACUUCAACACCAUUGCUGAUGUCAUUGCUGUAGCUAAGUAGUGAAUGACAUGCAAAUAUUGUGGCUUACAAUAAUAGAACUUAUUUUCUUGCCUUUGUUUGCUUUGUGUAAACCACUAAAUAUAGGAAGGUAAUGUGUUGUUAUAAAAAUCUUGAAAUUUACCUAUUAAGAUGUUAUAUUUUGAUGGCUGAUAAUAGAU